GUUUCACUUCUACGAAAUGACCUUUCUUCUCAUAUCACAUUAUCCUUCUAUUUAUACCUUUCUCUCGAACCAUACCCACCGUUAAUUAAUUAAGUCUGAUUAACUCUUUAAAUUCACCACACUAUGCAUUUCAAUUCUCAAGUUUCACACUGCAUUUGCAAACCACAUGCACUUCUUUUGCAACCUCAAACCAAUUUGAUCAGUUCCAAGACCAACUAUAUGGACAGCAGAACUAGUCGUCACUGCACACAAGUUCCACGAAAUGUGAAUAUGGAGAACCUUCGAAGUGGUUAUUUAUUUCCUGAGAUAACCUUAAGGGAAAACGCACACAUGCAAAAGAAAGCACAUGCAAAAUUGAUUAGACUUGGAAUCGGUGAUACCACAGAGCCUAUACCGGAUAUGAUAACGUCUGCUAUGGCCCAGCGUGUGCAUGGUUUGUCAACUAUUGAAGGUUACAGAGGAUAUGGAGCUGAGCAAGGAAACAUGGAAUUAAGAAACGCUAUUGCAGACAGGUUUUACAAAGACUUGGGUAUAAAAGGACAGGAGAUUUUUGUAUCGGAUGGAGCACAGUGUGAUAUUUCUCGCCUUCAGAUGCUCUUUGGUUCCAAUGUGACAGUGGCUGUGCAGGACCCAUCUUUUCCGGGUUAUAUAGAUACAAGUGUAAUUAUGGGUCAAGCCGGCAAGAUUGAAGAGAAAACAGGAAAAUAUAACAACAUUGUGUAUAUGAACUGUGGAGCUGAGAAUGAUUUUUUUCCUGAUCUGUCAGCUACAUCAAGAACAGAUAUUAUAUUCUUUUGCUCUCCAAACAAUCCAACAGGAAAUGCCGCAUCGCGCGAGCAAUUACAGCAAUUAGUUGAAUUUGCAAAGGUUAAUGGGUCCAUAAUAGUUUAUGAUUCUGCAUAUUCUGCUUAUAUAUCUGACGAUGAAAUUCCGAGAUCAAUCUUUGAAAUUCCUGGAGCAAAAGAGGUUGCUAUUGAAAUUUCAUCGUUUUCAAAAUUUGCUGGGUUUACAGGCGUCAGGCUUGGAUGGACAGUGGUUCCCGAAGAGCUGUUAUAUUCAAAUGGAUUUUCUGUAAUAAAAGAUUAUAAUCGGAUCGUUUGCACUUGCUUCAAUGGUGCAUCAAAUAUUGCUCAGGCUGGAGGGCUAGCCUGCCUUUCUGAACAUGGCUACAAGGCUGUGAAGAAUGUGGUCAACUACUACAAAGGGAACGCAAAAAUACUGGCUGAGACAUUCGAAUCUCUUGGACUCAAAGUUUACGGAGGAAAAAAUGCACCAUACAUAUGGGUACAUUUUCCAGGCUUAAGUUCUUGGGAUUUGUUCAACCAAAUCCUUGAAAAAACAGAUAUAGUUACUGUUCCAGGCAGAGGAUUUGGACCUGCUGGUGAAGGUUACAUCAGAGUUAGUGCCUUUGCUCAUAGUGAAACCAUUUUGGAAGCUUCAUUGAGACUGAAGAACUUCUUCACUUGAUUGCAAUUUUUAAAAAUAUAAGAUAAAAAUUGCCUUAUUUCAAAAGAUUAAUUACUAUUACUCCCAUUGAUUUAAGUUUGAAAUACUGUUCGUUCUCUUAAUUUUGAAAAAUUAGUAUUAUUUCCUUGAUUUUUAUGUUUUACGUAACUAAUUACUUUUUUUUUUUGAAAUCAUCAAAUCUCAUUAAAUCGAAUAUGAAACAGUUACAUUUGUAAGAAAUUCGGAAUAAUUCGAAAACUAAAUCCGAUGACCUGACAUGGAACAGACAA